AUGGACGAGGUCACACUUCGCAAGCUCACGACCACAUUCCACGUCCUCAUUAUCAUAUCGACGGCAUACACAGCAGUCCAAACAGCUCUAAUCCUCGCCCAAGACAUUCGCCACCUUUUCGAACAGCGACGCCGCGAACAAGCUUUCGAAAUUGCUGCGUGCCGAUCGAAAUACGACGCCAAUCAUUGUGGAACGUUUCCCGCCCCGCUGUUAGAAGAGCAAUGCGCAGAACUGAGCUUAUGCAUGAUUCGGGAUCCAGCAGUCAUUCAUCGAUUUUCUUUGGUGGGUGAAUACCUUGGGAAAACUGUGAAUGGCUUCCUUGGCAGUAUCUCAUGGGGAUCAGCGGCUUUCAUUGGAAUCACGUUUACGACCUGGUUUCCUGUAUGCUACCGCUGGGUCAGGUCUGCACUAUCGUACUUUUUGGGCCCCGAAUUGUAA